CCUCGCUUGACCGAAUCGCUUCGGAAAUGCUUUCUGAAUGUGUUGUGUUUUGACUUCACUCCACCUAAUAUUCCGUGAGAAAAGCAUCUCUGCGUCCAAGUUUAGCAACUGCUCUCUCACUUGAGCCUUGAACUUAGGGAGUAAAACGCAGGCGAGACGAAAUUCCAAGCUGUUAAUUUGAGUGUUUUGUGUUUUGAUAAUCAAAGUUCUUCUCUAUCAAACUACUGCAGCCUGUUGCUCAUUUGAAAGUCCUAAGCAGCUGUGUAGCUUUUGGCUCUUAUCUCAGGAGUGCUCAAGGCUUCUUUGGAUUACUUCAGUUGUUUAAAAGGUCUUUUUAUCGACGCUGGAAUUUGGCAUGAACUUUAUCUAUUAAUAACGGAAUUCAAAAGUCGCACGCGAGUGGAAUUUUAUCUUCGAGGAGUCGCUCAAAAAAGACUUUAAAAACUCGCUUCAGACUUCGUAAAUAAUGGAUUUAAACGAGCCAGACGAUAGUGGAACUUUUACUCUCAAGAUUAAGUCCAAAUCAGAUGAACAUGAAGGGACUCAGAGAAAGACAUUUACCAAGUGGCUCAACUCACAGCUUGCCAAGGCUGGCUCUGAUGUGCGUGUCGUCAACCUAUUUGAGGAUUUGCGGGAUGGCACAACACUUUUAACAUUGUUGGAAAUCCUUUGUGGCAAGAAAAUUAAACGUGAAAGAGGGCACAUGCGUGUUCAUCAUCUUAAUAAUGUCAACAAUGUCAUGAUGGCACUGGAAAACUACAAUAUCAAACUGGUAAACAUCAGUAAUAAUGAUAUUGUGGAUGGAAAUCCUAAAAUCACUCUGGGGUUGCUGUGGAAUAUUAUUUCACACUUUCAGCUUUUGAAUGCCCUUCAAACACUGAUGACUGACUUCAAGGGGACCCCCGAAGAGGCCUUAUUGCAAUGGUGCCGACAAUCGACAAAAGAUUACGCUGGAGUGAAGAUCAGUAACUUCACCACUAGCUGGAAAGAUGGUCUUGCCUUCAAUGCGCUUAUUCACCGAUACAGACCUGAUAUCGUGAAAUAUGACUCGCUGGUGGGAAAGAGUGGCACUUAUAACUGUGAAAAUGCUUUCAAUAUCGCUCGAGACCAGCUGGGUGUGGAUAGGCUGCUUGACCCAGAAGAUGUGGUGCGUGACAGGCCAGACAAGAAGUCCAUCAUGAUGUAUGUAGCUAUGCUGUACAGCAAGCUGUCACCUAAUGCUGGACUCAGCUCCUCGGGAACAGUUAGUGUCAGGGACUCCAAUGGAAUCCUCUCGACACAUGAUCCUUACCAGCGAACUGCUCUCUCUUCUACCACCUCAACGUCACGCACGGUGCAGAGAACCCAAGUGUCCUCCUCUGUCAAGAGAACAGUGACUUCCUCAUACUCCGCAAGCAGUUCUGAACAGAAGAAGAUCAAAUCAGGGUCUUCAACGCCAAAUGGCGGUCAGACGUAUAUAACCUCCAUGGAAUCCUCGCAUAUCAGAGAAAAACCUGUCCAACAAACAACUACCACUGUCGUCGAGCACGUUCUUGAACGCAGACCCGACUCAUUCUACGACUCGGACAGCAUUCGUAAUUCUGUCGGUUCGUUUCGGGAUUCCGAAUCCAAUCGAGACUCAAUGGGAGAGCGCGACUGGGAGGACUACAGUAGCCAGCUUAAAGAAGUCCUGUCUUGGCUGUCCAAAGCCGAGGCGAAGUUGAAGUCCCAACCUAUAGUGUCGAGAAAUGUUGACAUUGUGAAAGACCAGUUCCACGAGCAUGAAGAUUUCAUGAUGGAGUUGACUUCACACCAGACCAGCGUGGGAGGCGUACUAGAGUAUGGAAACCAACUGAUAAGCGAAGGCUUGGUCAGUGAAAAGGAAGAGAAUGAUAUUCGUGACCAGAUGAUCACAUUGAACGAACGAUGGGAGGCGUUAAGAAUCUCUGCUAUGGAAAGACAAACCUCGCUUCAUGAAAAUCUUAUGAAACUCCAGCAACACCAAAUCGAUCAACUGGCCAACUGGUUAAGCAAAGCUGAAGCAAGAAUCGAAGCCGUCAAUGACAUUGGUAACGAUAUAGACACUGUAAAGAGGAAGGUUGAGGAACACAAGGUUUUCCAGGAAGAUCUUGAGAACCAGCAGAAGAAAGUGAACUCCUUGACACACAUGGUAGUGGUUGUCGAUGAUAGCGCGGGAGAAAACACUACCGCUGAACUGGAAGAACAGCUGGCUCAGCUUGGGGAGCGAUGGUCGUCUGUCUGCAAGUGGACCGAACAGAGGUGGACUGUGUUGCAAGAUGUCCUGGCUAACUGGCAGGAGUAUCGUGACGAAGAAAGACGACUUUCUAAAUGGUUGUUGGAGAAAGAAAACCAGAUUAGUAGUCUAAAGCACAUUGACUUGAACGACCCAGAUUCAAUCAAGUACAACCUUCAACGUUUAAUAAGUCUCGAACAAGAAUUGGAAGCACAACAAGCAACUUUCGGUACGUUCAACUUGGCGGCAGAACGUGUUGCGGAACAUAUGGAAGAAGAAUCGCCUGGAGUGGACGCCAUUCAGGAUAGGAUGGAAGAAUUCAAUGAUCAGUGGAAUGCCAUCACUACGGAUGUGUCCAAUAGAAUCGCGCUGCUUAAAGGCCUAGAAUCUAAAAUGCAACCCUUCCAGUCAGAAAUCGACGAGAAGACGUUCUGGUUGAACGAGACAGAGGCGACCCUGAAAUCACCGAGGAUGAAUUUUGAUAACGACAAGAUGUCAAGUGAUGAACUAUCUCGACAGUACAUCACUAUCGAGGCUCUCGAAAACGCUAAAACUCAACGCAAACCAAGCGUGCUGGCCAUCCAGAAGAAAGGUGAAGAAAUCAUGGAUCAGAUCCGUGCACAAGGAACCAUACCAGUUACUUUUGAACACAAAUUCAAAACCUUCAUUGAACGAUGGGAGGCCGUCAGUAAGUUGAUUGAUGAGAAAAAACACAAGGCGUCCCUGGCCAGGCAGAGAAGGGAUGUGGUGGACCUGAGUACUAAAGUUGAAACUGUGGUGAAGGAAGUGGAGAGGUUUUUCGAUAGGCUUGGUGGAGUGCCUGAUAAUGAGUAUGAAAUCAAGGCACAGAUUGACCAGUGCAAGAACAAACGUGACGACCUCUACAGUAACGAACGCCACCUCAUCAAACUCAAAGACCUCUCCAGCAAGCUUUCCAAAGAAGACAGACAGACACCCAUCUUCCAAAUGUCUGUCAAGAGAAUGGACGAGCGCUGGACAAGCGUCCUGUCGAAACUCGACGACCGUGAAAGACGGCUGACUUCAACCUUGGAAUCAGGUCCUCCCAAGGAAUACUUGAACACAAUGGAUACUGUUCUGAUUAGUAUAAAGGCGGUUGAAACCAAGUUGGGUGGAGAUUUUCAGAUCACUGAAGUCGACUCUUUGGAAGACGAAAUACAAAAGUACAAGCAAGCGCAGACAAUGCUACAGGAACAGAAGAAAAACAUAGAUUACCUGAACACCGCCGGGGAAAAAUUUAUGAAGGCACUACCUCGUCAGAAACUCGAGCAACUCCGCCUUAAACUAAAUGACGUGAAUAACAAAUGGAAGGAUGUCUCAACGGUCAUUGAAAGACGUCAGACGCAGGCACAGAAGGGAAUCAACCAGAACAAGCAGUUUGGUGAUGAACUGAAAGAGCUGAAUAAAUGGAUGGCGGACGUGGGAGGGUUCCUUAAGGACCAGGAGCCCGCUGCUGGGGACCCCGAUACCCUUGAAGCACAGCUCGAUCAGAGCGAGGCCCUUCAAAGCGACAUCACCAAACUACAACGAAAACUCGACUCCCUCAACGAAACAGGCACCUACAUGCUGACCAAAGCGACCCCGGCGUACGCGCAGAAGGUGCGUGAUCAACUAGAUGACGUGACAAUCCGAUGGGACACGUUAGUGCGUCACGCAGGUCGGGUUAAAGAUAACCUCCUCGCCGCACUGGAGAAGUACCAAAAACUUAACCAUGACAUGAAGGAGAUGAGUCAUUGGAUCAUGCAGACAGAGCGGUCUAUCGCUGAUGAUGAUAGGGAUAUUGCUGCUGGGGAGAUUACGAGAGAGAAAAUGGAUCACUAUAAGGAGCUACAGCAAGAUGUUUCCAAGAGAGCCCCAGUGGUGGUACGCAUCAACACCACAGCCAAUCAGCUGGCAGAUCACACCAAGCAGGGAUCCGCCAAACCUCUUGUGGAAAAUCUUAAGAAGCUUAACAGUGAUUGGUCGAGGCUUAAGAACAAGGUGGCUCAAAGACAGCAUGAGUUCAAGAUCACCCAAUCAGAGCUCGAGCAGUUUAAUGUGGCUUUACAGAGAGACUACAAACUGAUAUCUGAAAUUGAUAAGGUGGCUGAAAGAAGCUACGACAGCCUGGAAGGGACUGAAAGCAGCCUUGAAGAGGCUCUGAGGACCCUCACUCGUCACCUCAGCCUAUUAAAGAUGAGCGGUCCUGGAUCGGUUGUCGACAUCGCGAACCAACUUAUCAAUAAGAAAAUUUCAAUUACUGCGGUAACGAAGCAGCGCGACGAGUUCGUAGAACGUAUGGAAGCGAUGAAGAAUCGCGCGGAAAGGACGAGGCAGGUACUUGAGGGUGAGCUGAACAAACGUCUACAAAUGAAGAGAGAUCUUGACAUCAUCAGAACCUGGAUAACUAAGAUCGAGAUACUUAUUACAACGAGGAUUAAUAAGUAUGAGGAAAUCGACGAACGGGAAAUAAAGUCGUACAAGGAGGAGUUGGUCAGCACCAGGAAGGAUUUGGAUCACGUGAAAAAAGUCGGGCAGCAGAUCGCUGAUAAAUCACCUGAAGACAAGCGAGGUGGUAUUGAACGAAGGAUUGAAGAAGUUCAACAAGAACACAGAGAACUGGUCAACAAAGUCAACAAAAAAUAUGAGGAUUUUACUGAGGCACUUACUCUCGCUGGCCGAAUCGAAAAUGAUAUGACAAGAUUGGAAACAUGGUUAGAAAAAACUAGAAAAGAAGCUAAACGAAGAGUGGAUGCUGGUUUCCCUGARGACGUGGACGAGGAAAUUAAGUGGAACAAGAAUACAAUCAAGGAAGUAACCGGCCACUUGUCCGAAGUCCAACGUCUGACCGAAGUGGGGCGAGAACUCGUUGACUUGAGCGAGACAGGUCAACUUGAGUCCCUUGAAGAUAGACUUACGCGUCUAAACAACACAUGGGAGGACUUGAGUUCACUCCUAGAACACAGAUUAACCCUACUUCCUAAAUACAAGACUCAAAUCAAAGACUUUGAAAAACUUGUGGAUCAGCUGAAUAGUUGGCUCUCCUGAAAGAAGAAGUCCACAAACACGAACCACAAUUCCAACUCAUCCAACAAAACAGCAACGAGUUCGUAUCCAAUGGACGUAACGUAAUGGAGCCUUAUAGAAGACUUCUCGAUAGAAGAUGGGAAGACCUUGAAGCCAAGAUCUCUGAUUUAGAAGAGGAAUUAGACUCGGUCAAAAGGAGUCAGUAUAAGAGUCGUGUAGAUACCGAGGUUAUAGUCAAGGAACGUAARAUGAUUAGUCGUCCCGGUGUUACUGAGGAGUUAGUGCGUACGGAGGAACAUGUGGGUACGGAAGCUGGGCUACCRAUGUUUGAAGAGACAAUUACUACCAGGACGUAUGCGAUGCCAGAUGACAUUGAGAUCAGGCUUGAAAGAAUUAUCACAGAAGUCAAGGAAUUAGAAGAACUUCUUAUGGACAUCGAGCGCCCUAAAGAACGAAGAACCGCAAGCUACGAGAUCACUGACAAAAUACAGCAAGCAGAAAGAAAAUUACACAGCCUUCAACCACGUGUCGAGACCAUCCUCAAAGAAAGCAAGAGCGUCACGUCACGUGACUCACCGAGCAGCGACACGAUACGUCACUCACUACUCGACUUGUCCGGGCGAUGGUUGAAGGCCUGUGAUGACGUAGAUCGCAACAAGCGAGCUGUAAAAAUCGUAACUAACUGGUAUCAAUUUAGAAGCAAUUUGGAAGAGAUCAAUAAUUCUUUGAAGAAAUAUGAGGGAGACGAGAAACCAGAACGCUACGUGAAGGAUCUUAGCGCUGAAGAGCUAGAAGAACAAAGAAAGAAGUAUGGACUGGUAAUUAGUGACAUCGAAAAGCUUGACAAGGAAGGAAUUCAAAUCAUUACUCCUUUGGAGGCUAACAGGAUCAAGAGAAGACUACGGGAAAUAAACAGUAGAUUUGAACACUACAAGAAACCAAAAGACGAUGUCACUUCCUACCGCGUGGUCGUACACACUGGUGACGUCAAAGAUGCCGACACACGUGCCAACGUCUCCUUCGUCGUUUAUGGCGACAAGGGCCGAUCAUCACCCGAGAUCAAACUCAACAAAUCCGAAACUUACGUCACACCUUUCCGACGUGACCAGCUGGACAUCUUCAACACAAUUGAUGUCCGUAAUCUCGGGGAGUUGACAAAGAUUAAGAUAUGGCAUGAUAAUUCCGGUCCUAAACCAGCCUGGUAUGUUAGGAGUAUUUAUGUACAGGACCGUAAGUCUGGCAAGGUUUAUCACUUUGAUUGUAACACGUGGAUAGGCAAGGACCAGCCUGGGGAGUCUAAGGACUUGAAAUGCAGUGGAUUCAUGGUACCUGAAGAAGGAGAAGAUGUCUUUACCAGACAUCGACUAGCUAAUAUAAGAUGGAUAACAACGUACCUCUACUCAUCACCUGAGAGAGGUAAGGGUACAGUAGGAUGGUCAUUAGUCGAGGAUAUGUCCAAGCUGUCGGACGAGGUGCAAGAGAUUUACAACACACUGAACUCUGCAGAAUUGAAGGGAGCUGAUUAUGAAGAUUUCUCGAACCAGGAAGACAAACUCAAGUCUAUUGGCGAUAAGAUGGAGAAUAUAGAGACAAGGGCAUCAGAUGUCUUUAACCGCAGUGAAACACUAACCCAUGAACAGUGUACCGAUGAUAGAGAAUAUGAUGCUGUGAAGAAGAGUGCUAGCAAACUACGCCUAGACUGGAACAACUUGAACAAGGAUUACAAAAUGCGCAUGGUUAGAUGGGAGAAGGCGCAGACCGUUUGGCGAUCAUUCCACUGCGACCUCAAAGACUUAACAUCCUGGCUGAACAGGGUCGAAAGAAUCCUUGCAGACAGUAAGAUGCCUAAUGGUGACCUCAAUGUGGAUGCUGCCAUGAGUGAACAAAGGAGUCUUGAAGAUGGCAUCUCGACGCAUGAAAGCAUGAUCAAUUCAGUGAAUAACAUGGGAGAUGAGAUAAUCCGUCAGUCCAACGCCAUGGAAGCCAGGAUGUUGAGGGAUAAAGUGUCUGGCAUUAAUAAAAGAUGGAAGAUGGUUGUAGCUGAUGUCGAUGACAGGAAAAAUAGAUUCAAGGAAGAAGAAAUGCAGAUUCAAGCCUUUAUGGAAGAGAGCGGCGACYUGCUGCAAUGGAUGGAUGAAACUGAUGCUGUUCUAAAACAGAAAGACGCACCAUCUGCGGACGAGAAGGCUCUGAAAGAACAGCUGAAGAAAAUAAAGGAAGCGGAAGCAGAAAUCGAUGUUAAAGACGACUCAGUCAAGUCUAUCAAAGAAACCGGCGAACGUCUUCUGACGAGAACCAUCUUCUCCAAACCCAACCAUGACAUGGUACGAACACGGCUAGACUUGAUGUUGGCGCGAUGGGAGAUACUACGCAUGGAUGGGCUCACUAGACGAAGAGCUGUUGAAAAUAAACUUACUAGGUUGACUAAGUUUCUCAGUGAACUUGAAGAGCUUAGUUUGUGGGCGUCAACCACACGUGACCUUUUGGAGACCCAGGCGAGUCUGAAGGAUGCCGGGAACACCGAAGAAAUGAUCAUCGAUCCCAAGACCGUACACGAAUCACUCCGAGCCAGACAACAAACACGUGACAACGUCAAUGAAACUAUGACAGCCUUGAGGCRGGAUAGUAAAAUUGAGUCGGCUUCAGUUCCUAAGCCAAUAGAAAACAAAGUCAAACUCCUUAAUGAGGACUGGGCACGAAUUGCUACCCAGGCCUCCUCUCUUUUCGCUAACAGAACUAAGCGAGUACAUGAGGAUAUUAUUGUGUCUGAAGUGAACCAGAAGACUGAAUCAAGUAUUGAUGGAUGGGAUACACGUGAUUCCCCCUGGCCAAAGUUCGACAAGGCUGUAUCAGAACUACACGUCUGGUUAGAUGACGUCACUGAUAUGAUGAAAACAGAGAAAAUCAUUCUGUCCGACAGCGAGGAGAUCUUUGCUUUAGCAGAGAAACAAAAGUCCGUGGACGAACAGCUCAAGAGCAAACAACAUCUACGAGACGAGAUCGCUGAGAUGGGCCACAGCUUGUCGGAAGAAGCCGAAAACCACGAAGACAAAAUGAUCAUCGAUCGAAAAGUCACCAAACUAAAGGAACACUGGGAGAACGUCCAAGACAAGUCGACAGUCUGGCGAGGACAAAUCGAUUACUUGUUGGAAGAAUGGAAACGAUAUGUGGAGUUACGAGAGGAACUGGUGGAGUGGCUACGCAAGGCGGAAGUCUACUUAAAGAAGGAGGAGAACCCUUAUAAUUAUACUGUUAGUGAUUUAGAUGAGCAGAUUAACAAGCACAAGGGGUUCGAGGAAGAUCUCGAGACCUGGAGAGGAAGUAUUACAGCAGUCACGCAAUGCGGAGAUAAUCUAAUCCAGGAAUUCCCGACCUACGAGGCUUCUGCCUUGAGACACAACAUGUCCGAACUGAAAGAACGAUGGGAAAACGUCAAGACAAAGUCUGAUAAUCGUCAUGACAACCUGAAGGACGCCUUUGAACGCAUGGUUCGUUUCCACGAAGAGAUGAUCAACGCACUGACAUGGCUGACAACCACCGAGUCUAGWGUUGCAGAACUCGACAGCUCAAUCGAUGCUGGACGAGGGGAAGAUAGAGAACAUAUUGACAAUCUAAAAUAUGAGCUCAAGAAUCUAGAAGAAGAUAUCAACAGCCACCAAGAAAUGUUCGCAUCACUAAACGAGAAUGGCCAACACAUGAUCACAGAAAUGGAGCCAGGUGACGUCCUGACGGCUGUUCAAACUAAACUCGAUGACAUCAAUGACAGGUGGCAAUCAAUUAACGUGCGCACGUUAGAGAUGCGAGAUAGACUCGAAGAAACAGUUACAGAAUGGCGCCAACUCUUGCUAGACUUGCAGGAAAUAAUGGAGUGGAUCAAAGCAGCGGAUCAAGAUUUGAAUUCUCAACAGCCAAUAGGAGGCGACUUAGAGGCAGUACAGACCCAGAAUGAGACUCACCAGGCCUUCAAAGGAAAGUCGAACGUGCGAAGGCUCAUGGUCGAUAGGGUCCUGGACUCGGGCCGGCGAAUGAUGGACGAAUACCAUGGUGAACGYGCCGCUGGUGAAGCAGAAGGAUCAUCGCGGUCGCGUAUUGCCGCCAACAUUGUUCAGCAGCUGGCGACUGUCGAUGAUCAGUGGUCGAAGCUUUGUCAACGAUCAGAAGAAUGGCAGAAAAAUGUCGAUGAAAAUCUUAGGAAGUUUCAAGUGCUUGACGGGCAAAUGGAGGAUGUCGAUGUGCGGCUGACAGAAGCUGAGCAGRCCAGCGUGACCUGGACACCAGUACAGGAUUUAGUUAUAGAGUCUCUACACGAACAAAUGGAAGAAUUAAAGAUGUUACAGGAACGUAUCGCUCAUCUACAACAGAUGUUUGAAAACAUGAGUAACACUGAAGGAGAGCUAAGACGGCGAGGGGUCACCUUCUCGGCCAACCURCAAAACAGGAUUGACCAGUUGUACAGACGCUGGAAACAGCUUCAGAUUCAAAUGUUGCAAAGACAAAACGCUCUUCAGGAUGCUUAUCCAGAAGGAGACAGCACCUCGCUUCAGGCAUUACAAGCGAGCGUAGAACCUCCAUGGGAGCGAGCUGUUGCCGUCAACAAAGUGCCAUACUAUAUAAAUCACAAGACAGAGACAACACAAUGGGAUCAUCCAAAGAUGACUGAACUCUAUCAUCAAAUAGCUGAAUUGAAUGAUAUUAAAUACAGCGCGUAUAGAACCGCCAUGAAGCUACGCUGCAUCCAAAGAGCAACAAGUAUGGACCUUGUCACUCUAGAAAACCUGGACAGCGCUUUCGACGCACACGGCCUCAAGAGAAUCAAUAAUAAUACACUGAUAGGGAUUCGAGAGAUGGUGGACACGCUGGCUACAGUGUACGAUAAAAUUGAGGUCGGACAAGAGAAUAUUAGCACUGCUAUCUGUAUAGAUCUGACCUUGAACUGGCUGCUUAACGUCUAUGAUAGUGGUCGAAUAGGCAAGAUUCGCCUGCUGUCAUUCAAGGUUGGCCUAGUUACCAUGUGCCGAGCUCUUCUAGAAGACAAAUACAAGUAUCUAUUCCGUCUGGUCGCUGAUAAUGAUGGACAUAUGGACCACAAACAAUUAGGACUUUUAUUACACGACUCAUUACAGAUACCUCGACAGCURGGUGAGAUAGCAGCUUUUGGUGGAAGCAACAUUGAGCCAAGUGUACGAAGCUGCUUCGAGAAGGUUGGCGCAAGAGACAGAAUUGACGCGCCUCAAUUCUUAUAUUGGCUCAGCGCGGAACCACAGUCCAUUGUGUGGCUACCAACUCUACACAGACUCGCUGCAUCUGAAGCAGUCAAACACAAAGCCAAGUGUAACAUCUGUAAGGAAUACCCUAUAGUGGGAUUCAGAUUCCGUUGUCUUAAGUGCUUUAACUAUGAUUUAUGUCAGAGCUGCUUCUGGUCAGGCCGUGUCUCACACGAUCAUCGUCUCACUCAUCCAAUGCAUCAGUACUGYUUAUCGACUACUUCCGGUGAAGACGUCAAGGACUUCCUAUCAAUCGUGCGAAAUAAGUUCAAGAAGAGGCAGUACAAGAAAAACCCGCCAAGGAAACUAGGCUACCUACCCAUACAGACUGUCAUGGAGGGCGGCAACCUGGAAACGCCACCAAAUCCUUUACUCCAACAAAACGUCAAUAACGAGGUUCACAACAGACUUGGCAUGUACGCCCACAGGCUCGCAGAGGCUGAGACGAACGGUGACAAAUAUAGUCCUAAACAACUUGAUGAGGAACAUCAACUUAUCGCACAGUAUUGUCAAAGUUUAAAGAACGAAAACGAAAGUGCGGACGCACCUCGUAGCCCUACGCAAAUUGUUAUGUCAUUAGAUGCAGACGAAAAAGAUGAUUUAGAAAGUGAAAUCAAUAAACUCGAGGAUGAAAACAGGGCUCUUCAAGAAGAGUACGARCGACUAAAAGCAAUUCGUGACGAGGAACRUCCGUCAGAAGGGGAUUCGUCACCAGGCCCCAAAGCGCGAGAUGCCGAACUACUGACUGAAGCCAAACUGCUUCGUCAACACAAAGGAAGACUGGAAGCGAGAAUGCAAGUCCUUGAAGACCAUAACAGGCAGCUAGAAGCACAGUUACAACGUCUGCGACAACUCUUAGAUCAACCGAAUCAAGAGAACCGAAGCCCGCCUGCUUAUUCCCGGGGUACAACCCCUGCGUCAUCAGCAUCCUCCCUUGGGGACCCCCCAGGUCGAUCGGCGGCGCGGUCGCCAAGACCUCGGGGCCUSGAAAGCGACACAGAGUCUGAUCAGGGUAGGAACGCGUCGCCUGUAGAAACAAGGAAAACUCAAGAUUCUGUUAGUGAUCUAUUCAGUACGGCUCAUGAUGUGAAUAAAGCAGUCGAAAACCUUGUUCAAGUCAUGACUGACGACGAAACCACGUGAGCAACCCAACAGACCAAUCAAUCCGAAAGGAAAAAUCACAUGGAGUGAUGACUUAAUACCACACAGGGAUCCCAUAGAUAAUGAAAUAAUUUUAGUUGAAGGGUAAAARCUAGGUAACACAGGGAUCCCGUACAUGAAAAUAUAUUAAUUGAGAAGGCCUAGGAGAGACAUAUUCAUAAUAAUUUUAGGAGAAUUAUUAAAUUGUAAAGAAAACAAAAGGUAACCAUAGCAACCAUUGUUGAAAAUAAUUAAGAAGGCAGCAAACCCAAAAGAUUGCUUGGACAUAACCAUGCAAGCCCCGUUGGCCAAAUACUACGUAAAAGUCUUUACCAAGGAAAGGCUUUCWUUUACAUUUGACGACGAAAUUGUCCUUGGUAAAAACGUUUUGCAACAAAAUGUCARAAUUUUUUUACUUUUCGAUGCAAAAAUAUUACUCGUUAUUGGUUAUAAAACUUGUUAAUCUUGUUAAGARUUUUACAUGCUGAUGUGCUUUGCGACCGAUCCUUUAUGUAUAACCGUGAGGGACUAAGUUUAUAUUAACUGCAAACCAUUGGGGGAAAUUUAUUCUCAGCCGUGCAAGUUUAAUAUUAACUCAAUAUUAACUUAAUGCACGGAAAGGUUACUUGAACUAAUCUAAUAUUAAAAUGUUCAAAAUAUAAUUAUAUAUUUUUGUUAACAGUUUCUUUGUAAGUAAUACUUUCUUAGCGCCCAAGAGAAGCCUGGGUCUUAUUGGCAACGAAGGGAAAUUUGCCCUAUUCUAUUASGUGGCCUGCAGUAAAGGCCAGCCAAGCUAGCUGACUCUUAGUUUUAUCAUCCUUCAACUGGAUAUUUUAUAAUCUACACCUAUACAAUUACUAGGUUAUUUUAUAUAAAGUUCAUGUUUUGUAUGGAUUCAGUAAUGAAUUAAACCACUAUUAACUAUA